UCUCCAAAUUUUAGGGGAAAUGAAAACCCCUGAAUCUUGCUCAUUGCUAGUAAUAUCUAAUUCCAAAAUAAAUUCUUUAGAUUAUUUUUUCAUAAUCUACAUAUUAGUUUUAGAUUAUAUUUUCAGAUCAGCCACGUGUCCACCAGUUCCCGUCUCAGCGACCGGACUCAGUUCCCGUUCUCUCUCCGCACUGCUCCCAGCGAUGCCUUUCAGUCUAAAGGAAUAGCUCAUUUGGUGCUGCAUUUUGGAUGGACCUAUGUAGGAAUGGUUGCCGAUUCUAAUGACCAUGGCUACCAAGGAAUUCAAGGGGUGAGGCAAGAAAUAAUCCAAUUGGGAGUCUGUGUUGCAUUUAUAGAGUAUAUCCAAAACAGUCAACCAGACAAAAAUAUUCCACGCAUCAUCCAGACUAUUAAAAAUUCCAGAGCUAAUGCUAUAGUUAUAUUUGUAUCGGAUGUUGAUCUCAUUUCUCUGCUGAAGGAGCUUUUACAUCACAAUGUGACCAAGAAGACCUUGGUGGCCAGUGAAGGUUGGGCAACUUCGACCUUAUUGUCCUCUGAGAAAUAUUCAACACAUCUCACUGGAACAUUGGGAUUCGCUUAUUACAGUGAGGAUAUACCAGGCUUCAAUGAAUUUAUUGAAAACAUCAAAUUCUCCAAAUUAUCACAAGAAAUGUGGGAUUUGAUGUUCUGGGAGGAAAAUGCUGGUUGCACUCUUCUAGAUUACCAAAAUAUAACCUUCAUCCGGGAAAGGCCUGCAAGGAAUUGCACCGAUAAUGAUAUCAUUGAAAAUUUUCAGAUAAGCUUGGAUAAUGUCACCAGCUUGCGUCUCCUUUAUAACCUCUACAGUGCUGUAUAUGUAAUUGCCAAAGCCUUUCAUGACUUGAACAGUUGCCAAAAUGGGAAAGGCCCUUUUUUAAAUGGGAGUUGCUCAGACAUUUGGAAUAUGAAGCCAUGGCAAGUAAGAUUGUCUCUAGUAACAUAAUUUAACAAAAAAUAAGUACUAAACACAAUAUUUGAUUUUGGGAAAACUGUGCUGGUGGACA